GGUAUUUGGUAUUUGUACGGUACUGAGUUUGGUAAACAUUUUACCAACCGUGACCAAACCGCCGUCAGACUCCAGAGUUCCAACUUCCAACUUGAAGAGCCCGAGGUUCCCCAGAUGCACGUGACACUCUAUCUACUCCCCACAGAGCUUCAAACGUGGGUGCGAGACCGCGAAUGAGGUUCAGACGUCGCUUGCAAUAACUCGGUCCGGUGCUCGCUUCCCCAUAUCGCAAGCCAGCACAAUGGUGAUGUCGCUACUUUAGGCUGAUAUACUGUCCAUUACUUGUUUGUUUGGCCCCUAUUCCUGCCUCGCGAGUGGUCAUGCUCUGGCUCCCAUUCAAUCAAACUCUCCGCGGAAUCUGGACUAACCGCCUAAUAUCCAUGCAAUUUCAUUCGUCCCACAGUCGUAGCUCAAUUGCCCGGCCUAGAUUCCUCCAUUCUACCCGAGCCAUCCAGCUUAGUGCUGUCAUCCAGCGAGCUUAAGCCAACUGCCGACGCACCCUGUUGUCAGCUUCUUCGUCGCCGUCGGUCUCACCUCACCUUCCACCCCUCUUUGACUCGGAUUCUCGACUCCAACUGAGGUGCGUGGGCCGUCGCAUCGGGCUGUGGCCUGGCAUUCCUCACAGGAGCCGAGGGCCAUCAUGCCCCCAAAAGAGGACAUGCUGCCCCCUGCCUGGGACAAUCUGGACAGGCAAAUGGGGCAGCUCUUCAUGAUGGGCUUUGAUGGCACAACGGUCAGCCCUCAGAUUCGCUCUCUCAUUGAGAACUACCAUCUCGGUUCAAUUCUGCUGACGGCGAAGAACUUAAAAUCUGCAGAAGAUGCGACCCAGCUAGUUCUUGAGUUGCAGACGAUUGCUCGGAAUGCUGGCCAUCCCGUGCCAUUGCUCAUAGCUCUGGACCAGGAAAAUGGGGGCGUGAACAGUUUGUACGACGAGAUUUUCAUCCGGCAGUUUCCUAGCGCCAUGGGUAUUACGGCAACAGGGUCAAAGGCCCUGGCCCAUGAUGUCGCCUAUGCUACCGCUCAAGAACUCAAAGCCGUGGGGGUCAACUGGAUUCUAGGCCCUGUGCUAGACGUCUUGAAUAAUGUACGGAAUCAGCUCAUGGGCGUCCGUACCUGCGGCGAUGACCCGCAGGAGGUAUCGCAGUACGGAGUAGAAUUCAUGAAGGGCUACCAGGAAGGCGGCCUUGUGACUUGCGGCAAGCAUUUUCCCUCGUACGGAAAUUUAGAGUUUCUCGGUUCUCAAACAGACGUUCCCAUCAUUACUGAGUCUUUGGAGCAGCUCAGCUUGACUGCACUGGUUCCAUUUCGGAAUGCAAUCAUCAAUGGGCUUGACGCGAUGAUGGUGGGUGGUGUUUCCAUGUCGUCGGCUGGGAUGAACGUUAUGCAUGCGUGCCUUAGCGAACAGGUUGUGGAUGACUUGCUCCGGAAAGAUAUGAAAUUCGACGGUGUUGUCGUCUCAGAGUGUCUAGAGAUGGAAGCCCUCACCCACAAUAUUGGUGUCGGUGGCGGGACUGUCAUGGCCAAGAACGCAGGCUGUGAUAUAGUGCUCUUGUGCAGGUCGUUUCAGGUGCAGCAGGAGGCCAUCAACGGGUUAAAGCUUGGUGUUGAGAACGGCAUCCUCAGUCGAUCCCAAAUAGAGCAGUCACUCAAGCGCGUCUUGGCCCUGAAGUCGAGGUGCACUUCUUGGGAGCAGGCUCUGAACCCUGGAGGACUCCCGUCGCUCACUCAGAUGCAGCCAUCACAUACAAGUCUCUCAACAAGGGCGUACAGCAAUUCAAUCUCUGUCGUGCGCGAUAGGAAGAACUUGUUGCCGCUAUCCAACCUCGUCGGCGCCAACGAAGAAUUACUGCUUCUGACUCCGUUGGUAAAGCCUUUGCCGGCCUCGGCUGUAUCCCGUUCAGUCACCGAGCAGCUUGAGAUGUCGAUUGACGCGGUAGCCUGGGAUAGGACCGCCUCUGUCCUCAGUGGCGAGAGCGUCUUUAAGGAGAUGGGAAGGUCGCUUUCACGGCACAGGAACGGUCGUGUUCUGCACACAUCAUACACAUCGAAUGGUGUUCGGCCAAUCCACGAAAGUCUAAUCGACCGCGCCAGUGCCGUCAUCGUCGUCACUGCAGAUGCUGUGAGGAACAUGUAUCAGCAGGGGUUCACCAAACACGUCUCUAUGAUAUGUAGAUCGCAGUUUACUCCGUCUGGCGAACCACGGGAGAAACCGAUGGUCGUGGUAGCUGCGAGCUCGCCCUACGAUUUCGUCAUGGAUACAACAAUCGGGACCUAUAUAUGCACGUACGAUUUCACAGACACGGCUCUCGAGGCUCUGGUCAGAGUAUUGUACGGAGAAUCGGCACCAAAGGGGUCCCUGCCAGGUUCCUUUAACCGCAGCCAAAAGCUCCAUCAAGCGAGGCAGCACUGGCUCGUGGAGAAUUGGAACGAAGAGAGAGACUCGGAUGCUUUGGACUCGCUCCUCACCACGGUUAGAGAGGACAGCCGGGGCCAACGGUCCGAGCUUUUGGGCGUGACACCCAACAGUUUCCUCCUUCGAAGGGACGAUAUCGACGAAGCUCACUUUGUCGUUCGGAACAGCACCACACGAGCCCUCUAUGGCUUUUGCUCAACCUACUUUUUCCGCGCAUCGGGCACGGGCGUAAUAGGGUCGCUGAUCGUCGACCCGUCGAGGCGCAAGCUCUCGAUUGGGAAUUCGCUUCACAACCGCGCUAUCCGGACACUCCUGCAGCGAAAAGGGAUGAAGCGGUUUCAACUUGGAUCGCGCCUGCCCGGAAUCUACCUGGGCAUCCCGGCCGCCAACCCUGUGGAACGAAAACAGCUACGCCAGUGGUUUGCCAAUCUAGGGUGGAACACGGCGUUAUCGCGCCCGGUUUGCAGCGCCGUGCUGCGCACUCUGCAGACCUUCCAGCCGCCCGAAGGCCUAGUCCAUAGUCUCCAGAGCGCAGAAGUAACCUACGACCUCGUCCACGGAUGGGACUACGCAGACUCCAUCAUCGACCACGUCAAGACUAACUCCAGGCAGGGCGUGAUGGACAUUUACAAAGUGGCUCUUGGCGGGGCACCUCACUGUGGGAUCAUCCGCGCCAGAAGACCGCAGGAUGGGGCUAUCCUCGGCAGCGUGGUCAUCUACAACGAACGAGCAAGUCUAGCGGAGCACAUGCCCGCCAUGAAGGCCACCCACGCGUCAACGGGGGGGAUCUCGUCUCCCGUGAUUUCGCCCUCGGUCGGUGAAUACGCGACCCUGCUGCAGGGGCUGAUCCUUUUGGGGAUCAAGCAAAUACGGAGACAGGGCGCGGAAGCGGUCAUUGUAGACUGUGUGGAUGCGGAUAGCAAUUUCGACUGGUUGACGGAGCUGGGCUUUAGCACGCUGCAUAGCUUUGAGGAGGUUAACUGUGAUGCUGCGACAUGGACGAUGGUGCCGGGACCUUGAUUGAGUCCCCUCAAGCCUAGAGUUCAUUGCGAGUGACGAGAUGAUAUUUUACGGUCUUCUUGUAUACCCCCAUUUUUUUCUUCCUUUUGGUCUGUCUAUUUUUGUUAUAUACCUCAGUACGUAUAAGAGAGCGAUGGUAAGAUGGCGGGGAAGGUCCUCGCGACAGUGCAUAUACAUACAAUGAAUUAUAAGCCGGGAUAUAUACUGUGGGAUCGAUUUUAUAUUUGGGAAGCGAUACCAAUUAGACACUUGCCGUUCCAUGUACGUUGCAGCCAUCCCUGUUUAUGGAGGAGGGAGUACGACAGACGAUCACCUCGUAUUUUCUUCUAUUUAUAAGGGUUCUGAGAUGCUAACCAUCAUCGUUUCUAUUUCCGAAUCCAGGAUGAUCUUCGCCCGCCUACGCGAUUCUCCAUCGAAGUAGCCGAUUACUCGGUUAUGGAGGGAGAUUGAAUUACGACUACGGAAAAGUCGAUUAUCGGUUUGACCUCCUGGCGUCUCAGACUCUUCGGUUCUUAUUUGUGAAACGCGCAUAUUUAAGGGCAUGGCGAUCGACCGUUGACAUAUGGGCGCCCGCCCAAUUAGUUUCACAGGACGCUUCAUAAGUCGCGUACCAACGAGAUAAUUGUACUAUUGCGCUCGCGUAUUGUCUCCAGAAACUGGAAGGAGAGAGCGAUCACUGGCACUGGUCGAUCCAGAUUACGGAUGAUCUACGCUGCCUGCGGCAGUGGCACUUUGUUGGUCGAGGGGGAGUGUCAACUACUGGAACACGAGUCGCGCGUCGUGAACCUUGAGGUCGCGGUGGCUGGGAAGCAGGCGAACGACGUCGAGCUCAACGCUUUGUGGGCUCCGUGGCGUUGCUGGGCAUUGCAGAGUGUGCCAAGCGCAGACGUCAAGAGGAACUCAACCAAAUGUCAGGUAUCAGAAGAAUUAGUCUGGCGUCCUGAUGACCAGUCGAUUGACUUGAUUCCUCCGAGCAGUUUGCAAGGCCUGAUAGAAAGCGUGGAGGAGACGAUCCGAUAGGUGUACCGUUCCUGGUUCCUGUGAGACGAGAUGGGCGAUUUUCAUUUCGUUUUCAGCUCUGCCGCGAUGGACGGUGUCGCGGGAGACCAGUCGUACCCGCAGCUCUGGGCAUUCGAUUGGCCCCCAUGGAUUGUGCAUUCGAGUCUUCGACAAGGACUUAUCUGGCCGUUUGCAGAGGAGACUGUGACAAUGAUGGACUGGAUUGCGAUGAGAUGGGAUGAUGUGAGUGUGGGUCGUUCUGCCGCCGCCGACGCCAUUUGCAUUCGAAUUUUUUGCUUCUUAUGGCGGCAGAAUUUAAUUCUUGUUCGCUGAUGGCGAUUGUGGGCUUGGAAAAGUGGCAGUCUGGCAGUGGGUGGUGGGAUGCAAUUCAAGAUUGUUGGAAUGUUCUUGCUUGACCCCCUGCUGAUGCCGAGACAAUGUGAAAAAAAAUAGGAAAGAAAAAUCUGAAUCGUGGGAGCUUAUCUGCAUUGAAGCGCAUCGAUCGGAGGAGCCCGUUGAGACUUCAGAGCUGCCAGAGAUAACCCCUGCGCGUGGAACGCUUCGAUUGCUUUCUAGCACGCGUUCUUCGGCAUGUCAGAUUCUUGACUCCUGCAGUAUCUUUGUCUUGACGAGACGGUCAAAGAGUCAAGACAAGUCAAGAAAGUCAAGCACCUUGGGUCGCACAGAGGAGCUGGUGAUUUCAUCGCCGGCUCUGUACGUACUGAGUUGUGGUAAUAAUAAGUACCGAUAAUAUAAUGAAUAAUUGACGAAGUAAUUAGAAUAAUAAUGGCGCCUGCUAUGAGUGGCGGCAAUCACAUGCAAGACCUAGGCUCCUGGGUGAGAUUCUAGAAAUGUUCUGGAAGAUACAAGGGCUUCAAUCCUGCAAUCCUGCGCAGGGUGCAUCGAAGCGUCGUAUUGGGCGCGUCUUUUUGCUUCUGCAGCCCAUCGAUUUAGGCCCCGGGAGGAUCUGAACACUGACUGGCUCUUGCAAAAAGCACCGAGGGCCGGCGAUCACGACAUGUUGAGCACCGCUGCCACCGCAAGGAGGAAGGCCCUGAACUGGUUUUAGCUUCAUCCAACGACGGUAAUGCCGGGCCAAUCGCUGGGCCCCAGAUGGCGGCUGAUCCAGAGUCGAAGAAGCUGUGCGACAGUCCCAGAAGGGAGUGAGCGUGAUAGAACCCCGUGGCGAAUUGCUAAAUCACUCAGGCAGACACAUGAGCUCAGCAUGACGGCGCUCCUGGGAAGGCAUAGGAGGAUGAAUUCUCCGACUCUUCUCCUGCAUCAGUUGCAACGCGCCUUGGAUACUCCCUUGCCAGGAGCAGCAGACGUGAAGGUUUGCGCUCAGGGACUUCAGGGCAAAGGAUCGCAUGCAUGUCAGCCAGACCACCGCCGAUCCCAUCUGCGCCAAUCCAGUCUUGCGGUCAGCUGAAAGAAUGGAUGGGUUCCCCAUACCGUGCAAUAAGGAGGAAGAGGUGAAAGAGAGGCUGCUUUCAUAUCGACUGCUGUUCCAUGGUUCCUGGUGUGCUGCUGGUUCCAGGGGAGCUAUCAAGGACUUGCUCCCCCGGAGUCAGACGGUUCCGAGUCCCAGGCGGCCUCGAAAAGGUGCUAUUCAGAAUUUAGACUACCGCCUGCAUAUCUCCCAGGUUCUGUGCGCGUUUAACCUGUGUUAACCGGCACGGCGGCACUAGUCGUCGACUUGAAGAAUAACAGCAAUAACAAUAUGAUUAUACCCUAUCUUCCCUGCCGCAAGAGCAGCGGACUGCAGCCCAGAGUACACAAUUUCCCCAGGCAUACAGAGUGGAGUCUUAUUAAUAAACUUGGGCUAGUGCUAUCAAGGUGGAGCCAUGCCUAAUACGGAAGGUCCGUAAGUCACUGGGCAGGCAGAACUGCUUUCUUCUUGAAUAGGUACGCCUUGAGGCUCGAUACUGAUGGACAUGUAGCAAAGCAUUGAUAGGCGCCUGCUCUCUUGAAGUCUCCCA